GCAGGGAACUACUCGCCAGCCCCAGGCUGCGGGAGGAGGCGGCGGCAGCUGCGGCGGCGGUGCUCACGCACCUCGGAGGAGCUGUGACCGGCGGGACUCGCGGGCCCGGGCGCGCCAGCUGUGUGGAGAUGUCUGCCCAGAGGUUAAUUUCUAACAGAACCUCCCAGCAAUCUGCAUCUAAUUCUGAUUACACCUGGGAAUAUGAGUAUUAUGAGAUCGGACCAGUCUCCUUUGAAGGACUGAAGGCUCACAAAUAUUCCAUCGUGAUUGGAUUUUGGGUUGGCCUUGCAGUCUUUGUGAUUUUCAUGUUUUUCGUGCUGACCUUGCUGACCAAGACAGGUGCCCCACACCAAGACAAUGCAGAGUCUUCAGAGAAAAGAUUCAGAAUGAACAGCUUUGUGUCAGACUUUGGGAAACCUCUGGAGCCAGACAAGGUGUUUUCUCGCCAGGGCAAUGAUGAGUCGAGGUCUCUCUUUCACUGCUACAUCAAUGAAGUGGAACACUUGGGCAGGGCCAAAGCCUGUCACCAGACCACAGCCAUUGACAGCGGGUUCCAACUCCAGGAAGCCAUCCAAAGCAGCAGGCAGCCAGAGGAAGAGCUCAAUAGGCUCAUGAAGUUUGACAUCCCCAACUUUGUGAACACAGACCAGAGCUCCUCCUUUGGGGAAGAUGAUCUUCUGAUUUCGGAACCACCUAUUAUUCUAGAAAAUAAGCCAGUUGGCCAAACUUCCCACAAAAACCUAGAUUAACACAUGCUCUGUGUCUUUCUGAGAAUGUGGGUUCUGUCUUUAUAUAGCAAGCUGUCCCCAUCCACCAAAAGUGUGUGUGUGUGUGUGUGUGUGUGUGUGUGUGAGAGACAGAGAGAGAGAGAGAGAGAGAGAGAGAGAGAGAGAGAGAGACCCCUCAGAAGAGAACUGAUGUUUUGGUUUUUAACACAUACGGGAAUUUUUUGGAUUAACAUGUUUAUUUUAUGUUAUCUCAUUUCCUUGCUGAAAAAUUUGGCCAGAUGCUUACAUUGGCACUCCUGAGCAAGGGUUAGUGCACUGCUUAACCCUGCUUUCUAAUCUGACCCUUCCACCAUUGCUCUCCCUUUAGCAAAUUGCUUUACUUCUCUGGGCUGCCAUGUUUUUAGUGGUCAGGUGAUGUGUCUGGAGUAGAUGAUCUAUCCCAGCUCUAAUGGUCUGUGAACUUAUGGUUUUGCAUCCAAGACGAGCUGAGAUAUGCAUAAAGCAAUAUAAACUAGGCACUCCUAUCCCUUGUAAGGUCCUCAAGUCUCUGUACCUUUCAGUCAAUCCUUAACUAAGUCAUGCUUUAGUAGGAGACCUUUACCAGGAUGUCAGGAGACUCACAGUGACUGGCCAACCUGUCUGCUGGGUUGUGCUAAAACAGCUCUUCUGAGGUUCUCCAACCACCCAUGCUUAAAAGCGGGGAUAGAUCUGUCCCCCUUGGAAUGAGUGCCAACUCAUGGGACCUCAUAUGACAUUUCUGUCCCAAAGAAAUGCAGGGAAGUUGUCAGCUGAGUGAGUGGAAUACCUUUUGUGUGUCUGUGUCGUUGUAUCUACUGUCACACACUGCUGUACCAUUGGCUUCAGAACAACACCACCACAACUCUAUCUACAUGUGUGUGUGUGUACAUAUAGUGUAUAUGUGUGUAUAGAUAUAUGUAUCUAUACACACAUACAUAAUUUUCAAUAUCCUCUGUUACUUGACAGAUGUGUAAGUGACAAUCAUCUGGCUUUGAGCUGAUAUAUUCAGGGUAUUGUAUGUUUGUCCAUACCACACAGAUACCCAGGGUGGCCUGGAUUAUGUUAACAUGAGGGAAACAGUUAAUUUCAUGAAGGAAUCAAAUCAACCACUAGCAUUAGAAACAACAUCAGUUGUAUGCAUGGCCAACUACUAAUCACUUAGUGCAUUUUCCUUGUGAAUUUGUUCACCACCUGUUUUGUUUAAGCUACAGAAUAAAUGCAUAUGACUGCA